UUGACUACUGGGACAUCUAGAAAAACAGAUGUAAUCUUUCAGGUCCAAAAUAUCCAUUUCCGAACGGCCAAUUUUCCAAUUUCGGAUCGAAUUCGACAGAUUUUUAUUGACACGCUUGGACGGAAACUGCUCAUUUCUAGAGCUACAGAGGCAGCCAAUUUUCAUCGAAAAGCCCAACACAACAAGCAAAUCAAUGCCUUAUCCGCAAUGUCAAUACUACAAAAGCAAUUCCAUAAAACAGCACUCCAAAUUGAAAUGGCAGCAAAAGCCAAGAAACCAAUGUCAACAGUAAAUUCGCUAUUUCUUGAGCUGCCCAUGAUGAAUCGUUCAAUGAGCGUGAAGGCGGCUGCUGUCAAUCCGCAAUUGAUACAAAAUAAGCAUCGCAAGACGAGCAUUCAUUUGGUGAAAAGCUACACAACAUCACGGAAUCAGCAGAUUCGCCGACGAGGAAGUGCUGUUCGAAAUAAACUACGAAGAGCCGAACAGAACGUGCAUUACAUCGCCCAGACGCUUACGGAACGACGUCAAGCGGAGGAGACUGAGGCGGACUGGCAAUUCAUCUCCCUGGUCAUUGACAGAAUCCUACUCGUUAUUUUCGCCACCUUCAUCAGCGCCGGCACCUUGAUUACCUUUCUCUCAGCUCCAUCCAUCACCGACACAAGGCAGCCAAUUACAUCAAUGUAA